AUGGUGGCUAAUGGCAGAACCUGUGCUUUUUCGCUCGUGUACUAUUCUUACGUCUUACAGUCGUCGGAUCGACCGGAUUGUCGUGCUCUUGACAAUCCGGUCGAUCCGAGGACUCUCUCGACAAUCCGGUCGAUCCGACGACUCUCUCGACAAUCCGGUCGAUCCGACGACUCUCUCGACAAUCCGGUCGAUCCGACGACUGUCAACAGCAGCUUCGACUCUCCAAACCUCAACAAGACUUCAAGUCGAAAAAUCGCCCACUUCCAAAUUACAACUACAACUACAAUGCAGUCCUUCAUGAUCACUUCUGCUGUCGCCCUUAUUGCCGGCUCUGCCAUGGCUCUCCCGGCUCCCUACACUGAGGACACCUACGUUAUCAAGGGCUUUACCGAGCACAAGACCUACACCAUGUGA